UUCCCAUUCUCUACCUUCUCAAGGAUCGCUGACACGCUUAAUCUGCAUUGUUCUUAAUCUGCAUUGUCCACUUUUCAUUUGUUUAUGCGUCACGAGGCACCGCCCUCUGCCACGGCACGUGCUCACGUGCCUCGGGCUUUAGUUUAUUCCUUGCUGUCUGUUUCAGUGCCAGAUCUUGUUAAAUUUGAUUAGAUUGGGGUGUGUGUGUGUGUUUUUCCUUUCUAACUGAUGUUCAGUAGCUAAUCAGCUAUAUAAUUAAACCCGGAAGUAAAAGUUAGGACCACUCGUGGAUGGAGAUGGCUAUUGGAAUGGAAGGAAAGCAGCUAGCAGUAGAAGCAGCAGCAGCCCGACAAUAAAUGGUCAGAAAUCUAAGGAAAAUUUCCUUUUUUGCUAACUGUUCCUCUGAUGCCUUGCAACUGAACAGAGCUAUGAGAUUGGAAAGUGUGAGUGCAAAGGGCGAUCGGAGAUUCUCCUUUAGAAUAGCUAGAAAUUCGCCUACAUACAAUAAUAGAUUGAGGUGAGGUUUUGGUUCUUAGUAGGAGAAGAAAAGAGAGAGAUAGAGAAGAAAUGGUGGGCUCGGGACGAGGGGACAGUAGGAGCAAGGAGGCAAUUGGGGUGAUGGCUCUGCAUGAAGCUCUCAGGAACGUCUGCCUCAGCUCGGAUUGGACUUACUCUGUUUUCUGGACUAUACGCCCACGCCCGAGGAGUAGAAGUGGCAAUGUCUGCAAGGUGGUGGGAGACGACAAUGGCAGCCUGAUGUUAAUGUGGGAAGAUGGAUUUUGUCAGACAAGUGCAGCCGGGUGCGUGGACGGGGAGGAUCCUGUGAGGAAGGCCUUCAGCAAAAUGUCCAUUCAACUCUACAACUAUGGAGAAGGCUUGAUGGGGAAGGUUGCUUCUGAUAAGUGUCACAAAUGGGUGUUCAAGGAACCUUCGGAUCAAUGCGAGGCCAGCAUAACCAGCUACUGGCAGAGCUCCUUUGAUGCUCUUCCACCAGAAUGGACCGAUCAAUUUGCCUCUGGCAUUCAGACUAUAGCUGUGAUCCAAGUAGGCCAUGGUCUCCUCCAACUUGGUUCCUGCAAGAUAAUAGCAGAGGACCUGCAUUUCGUGUUGAGAAUGAGGCACAUGUUUGAAUCGCUCGGGCACCAGUCCAGCUUCUUCCUCUCUCAGCUCUACUCCUCCAGGAACAGCAGCGCUACUUCCUCUGUUGCAUUCAAUCAAAUGCCUGCUCCGAAUCCACCGUCGCUCUACAACUGGAGCCACUCUGCCUCUCUGAAUUCUCCCGCAAUUUACCAACCUUCUCCCCAUGGAGGAUUUCCUAACAACAAGGACGCUACCCGCCUCUUCCUCCCUCGCUCUGCAGGAGCUCAACUGGAAGAGCCGGAUCCAGACCUGCGCUGGCCCAAUGGCCUCUCCUUCUUUUCUGCUCUCACAGGAAGACCAGACGACGCCAAGAUUCUAUUUAACUCCGAGGUGAUGGGAGAGAAGAUUCAGCAUGCUUCUGUGAGCCUUUAUGGCAACGGUGAGGAGGGGAAGGGUGUUCUCGAUACUUCAAGUGUCCAUGGCAAUGGAGGUGAGGCUGUGCUUGGUGUGGAUAACACAGAGGACUUCUUGAGUUUGGAGAGCCACUCCAGCAGAACCAGGAAAAUGGAGAAUAUGAUGGAGAACUACUUGAACUAGUUGACUGUUCUGAGAUUGUUUUGUCUCCUGUUACGAUUAAGCCAUCUUAGUUUGAUCAAAUUUGCUCUUCGCUGUCAUCA